UUUAUAGAUAUCCACUUCUCAUAUUGUCUUAUUUUAACCAAAAUAAGAAACAUAAAAAUUAACAAAUUAAGCUCCUUUCUGUUUGUGCUAAGUGUACAAAAGCACAAUCAAGCAAGAACUACACUAGUAGAGACAAGAUUAGCCAACCUGCAACCCAUUUUCCACCCAUGAUACUUUAAUCAAACCUUUAACACCUGAACAUGCUAACUUAUCUCAAAUAACUUUUUGAAUCUGGAUAUUUGUUGAUAAUUUCACACAAUCAAAAUAGGCAACCUGUUAACAGCGACAAAUAUUUGGCACCUGACGGUUUACCUUUUGUUGUGAAGGGUCUCGCACCAGGGCUACCAUACAAAGAAGCAAAUCAGCAGAAUAUUUACAUAUUAAAUUGAAUAAUCGGUCCAUUUUGGCUCACGGGUACCGGAGUUUCAAAUGACAAGCCAACAACAAAAGCAUUUCAAGAUACUACUUGCAAUAUUAUUAAUGCUUCUAACCGUAAUUUAACGUAAUAAAAAUAAAUUGAGUUCAUUGUGUGUUUUAAACUUUUAUAGUACAGACUGUAAAAUGGAGUUUGUGGUGUGAAUAUGUGUACAAAACACCACUUUAGAAAGGACAUACGAGGGCAUAUUUAAAGAGUAGGUGAGUGGUGGGAACGGUUUCCAUGUUAGCUUAGCGGAGUUAGCCGGUGGCACGCGGAGAGAUCUCACCGUUGCAGUCUAGCGCGUGCAGAGGGACGUGAACUUUGAGCAGCGAGACACACGCCGAGUAACCUCGUAGCAACUGGAGACGGCAGAGUUGAGACCUCGCCCAAGAGCCAAAACAAAACAAUGACAACCAACAAGCCAAGGAGCGUGCUCCGCGAAGCCUCCCAUCAGAUUAUAGCCGGUGGAUCCGCUGGUCUGGUGGAGAUCUGCUUAAUGCAUCCACUUGACGUUGUGAAGACGAGGUUUCAAAUCCAGCGAGGAUCAAGUGACCCCACCAGCUACAAGAGUCUAAGAGACUGCUUCCGCACGAUUUUCCGCAGGGAAGGAAUCUUUGGCUUCUACAAGGGAAUCCUGCCUCCAAUCCUGGCAGAGACCCCAAAGAGAGCAGUGAAGUUUUUCACCUUUGAGCAGUACAAGAAGGUGCUGAGUCUGACCUCGUUAUCUCCUGGUGUGGCGCUCUCUGCAGCAGGCCUCGGCUCAGGCUUGACCGAGGCCGUCAUCGUCAAUCCGUUCGAAGUGGUGAAAGUCAGUCUCCAGGCCAACAGAGACUCAUUCACAGAGCAACCGUCCGCUUUCGCCCAAGCACGACGUAUUAUCGAGUCAGAUGGCUAUGGAUUGAGAGGUCUGAAUAAAGGGUUAACAUCAACACUGGGACGCCAUGGAGUUUUCAACAUGAUCUACUUUGGCUUCUACUUUAAUGUCAAGGAUGCAAUCCCUGCCAAUCCGGACCCCACGUUAGAGUUCCUGAGGAAGUUUGCGAUUGGCCUGACGUCUGGGACCAUCUCGUCAAUUGCGAAUAUUCCCUUUGACGUAGCAAAGAGCCGCAUCCAAGGGCCCCAGCCGGAACCAGGAGCGAUCAAGUACCGCACCUGCUUCCAGACCAUGUCACUGGUGUACCGCGAAGAGGGUUUCUUGGCUCUAUACAAAGGCUUGGUUCCCAAGAUAAUGAGACUUGGACCAGGUGGAGGGGUGAUGCUGCUGGUCUACGAAUAUGUGUCGAUCUGGUUGCAGAAGAACUGGUAACGAGAAAACCACAGGAGAGAAACGAAAGCCUGUAAUUUCUGUUCCAAAUUUAUUCCUCAUCGACAGCAUUGGUGACUCACCACGAAGCCUUUGGUUUUGUUUUUUCUAAGAUUUAUAAAAAUACCAAAACAGUGUUCCCAUAUUUUUACGAUACAUCUUUCUCACUAAUAAAAGCUGUGUAAACCAAUAGGUUUUCAUCACCAAAAAGUAUUUAGAUUUUUUUUUUGUACCAGUCCUAGAAUAGACAAAGCAGUGCCGACUUUAUAAAGUGACCUUUGUAAAUGGAGCUCUAAAGUUAUUAGACAAAAUAUUUUUUUUUUUUCUGUGCCACUCUGUUUGUCCCCAACUUGUUUAAAAUGGGUCAGAGUUUUGUUUUGUUUUUUGGUGCUUUUUUCAAAAAUGACUAAAUAAAUAGGUAAUUGCCUUCACUUUACGACAACUCUUCUGUUAUUCCCUCUUUUGUCUAGAUGAAGCCAGUGGUAGAUGAUUCCAAUAUUUUAAUUCUUCAUACAUUUUAAAACUAACACUUUCAAGGCUUUCAUUAAAAAAAAAAAAGAUCCAAAGCACUAAAAACGUCAUUUAAACUUCUCUAGAUGAAUGAAUUAAAAUGUAACUAAGUUUGUAAACCAACAUUAAUCAAUUAGAGGUUCUCUUCCUCUUUGGCUCUUCUUCAACGGGAAGAAUUGCAUCAGUUUUAAAGUCAACUUUUACAUCAGUGACUUUUCUUCUUUUCCCCCCCCUUGAGAGUUUUAGUGUGCAGUUUUUGUUUUAGGGAUGCACAUCAUUUCUGUCAUCAUAAACAUGUGUUUGUUCUUAUUUGAACAGAUUCACAUACUUUACCUAUCCCAUGUGGGAAUAGGUUCAAGCUAAUUAGUGAGUUUUAUGGAAAAAAAACCCAAACAUUAUAAACAUAGGGAUGACUCAAAUUAAAUCACUUGCAGUCCAAACAAUUUGUGUACUUAUUCAUGUGUAAAGUAUGACAUUUUUUAUAGAUAUAAUUCAAAGUAGCCACAUCAUACCAAUUUGUGUUUUUGCUUUUUGUUUAUAACCACUGUGGUUAUUCAGUUCUUUAAAAAAGGUAUUUACACCACGCAGGAUUUUUCACACUUUUCCACAUUACAGCCACGUUGAAUGCAGAUAAACUGCAUUU